AUCGUCGUUCUCCUUCUAUUCCUCCUCCUCCUCCUCCUCCUCUACCUCCUACUCCUACUCCUACUCCUCCACCUCGUCGUUCUAUUCAUCGUCCUCGUUCGCCAUUUUGUCCUCCUCCUCUUCCAUCUCGUCAAGAAGCUUCAGCCGACCCUGACGCAAGCGCCUCUUUCUCAUUCUCAUUCUCUAUUUCUAUCUCUUUCUCUUUCUCUAUCUCUCUUUCUUUCUCUUAUACGAGACGACAUACGUAUGUAUAUACCAUUCCGUGUGUCUCGAUCCGCACCGACGGCAUUCGUGCUUUCCCCAAAGCGCGUCAUCGUCAUUACCCUUUGAGCGUGAAUCACGCAUUAAGAUCGAUUCACACUCGGCGAGCAAGUAACACAGGCCGAAUCAUAAAAAUUUAUAUAUGUACAUAAAUACAAACAUACGUCUUAUACCCUUUUCAUUUCCUAUUGAAAUACGACAUUGCGUCUUGUAAAAUAUAUAUAGAUAUCAUAGAUAGAGAAGGUGAAAAAAAUAGCAAAAGAGAGAGAGAGAGAGAGAGAGAGAGUGUGAGUGAAAAAAUAAACCAACAAUGAAAAUUAUAUUAUCCAGCUGCGUUCACAUCGAACGUACGAUGUUCCUUGGAAACAAACGAGACGUAACGUCGUUUGAAGGAAAUAACAUUAAAGGUAAAGAAAAUCAAAAGAGAAAAGGGCUGACGUUUUGUUGAAGAAGAUGGCGACGACGUAAACCUACGAAUGAAAAUAAAAUGGAUAAAGGUACGGUGACAAGAGUGAAAAAAUUUGGUUGCGAAUGUUGGAAAAAUAAGAUCCCUCAAUAUAAGAAAAAACAGCGCGAUCGUUGUAAGAGAAAAAGGCAAACGUUGGUAUUCAACGUAAAUCCGGACGAUGAGAUAUGGCAUGAACCUUAUAUGCAACGUCUUCAAAAAGAAUUCUCGGAUGUUUCGAUCCUUUGCGACUCGAAGAUCGAGUUACCAUGGAAGGACAUUGCAUUACCGACUGUGGAAAGAAAAAUUCGUACGACUGAUGUCUCCUCGGUCGAUCAUGGAAAGGAAGAUGAGAUUCCCGUCGAGAUCGAUUUCGACGAAUCGGAGAAAAAGGAAUCGAACGGGUUUAUGACAUUACCCUGGCACAAAUUAUUGAUCACCAACGUUAUUUCACCGUCGAGAGAUAUCGUUCCAGUAUGUUGCGAUUCGAGCGUCGAAAUACCAUGGGAAGAUCUUGCAUUGGACAAACCGGUCAAUAUCCGUGUCCCACCUACGGACAAAAAAGAUUCAUGCGUGCCCGACGACCUCGAGAUACCAUGGCAAGACAUUCUCGUACCCCAGAAUAUCGUUAUCGAGGCGCCAAAGAAAAAUUGUAAUUCUUCCGACGGAAGAAGAAAGAAAAAAUAAAUGAUGGAUGAAUAAUAUUGAGUGCAAUGGCAAUUGGAUUUUAUAUAAAUUUUUUUUUCAUAUUAAAUUUUAUAUAAAAAUAAAAGAAGAGGAGUCAUCGAACGUGCAUAAAUUUGAUCGCUAAUUGAUUGAUAUUAAUGUUAUAUUUUUAUUGUUGUAAUGUUAUAAAUUUGGAACCUGCAAACAAAACAGAAAAUUGUAAUAGUCUUCUUCUUAUUCUUCUUUAUGUUUCAAAUUUGCCGCCAGCCAAGGCUCGCUCGUGAACGAUCGUAAAUUCGAUUACGAAGUUUCAAGUUCUUCGAGUACGAGUCGAAAUAAUGCGUUAUAGGUAUGUAGUACCAUUUGCCGACGCACAGUGGCGCUGUCACGUAAAGCAGCGCCUCUUAGCGAUAGUAGCGGCACUGUAUUCGUGAGUGGCGGCAGUUGGCAGUCACCAGUGGAACCGCACGGUGUUGUUCUUGUCGUAAGCGGCUACGCGCAAAAGUUUAGGGGAAAAAUGGCGUAGUUAAGGGUACAAAGUAAAUGCCGCGAUUCUUAUAUAUUCGUACGUUAAUUCCGCGCCUGUUAUUCUUACGAUCGUUUUAGGUUCACAUGUAUUAUCAUUAGAAUCGAUAUUUAAAUUCGGGAGUUGGGUGUAAACGAAAAAAAGGAAAAAGAAAAGAAAAAAAGAAAAGAAAAAAGAAGAAGAAGAAAAGAAGAAGGAAAAAAAGAAAAGAAAGGAAA